UGUUCCGUGGACAUGUGUAUCUGAUCGGUGACGCCUCCACUCCGGAUCAUUGCUCCACGAUGGAUCCGUUAACAAGGCCCUACGUAUACUACUACUACGUUGAUAGACUACAUGGAUUGCACUUAGGAGAUGCACUUUAUUUGAAUUGUUAAUUUCAGUCAGUAGACUAGACGUUUUCAGCUGAGCUUAGACUAUUUGACAUCACGGAUAGCAUCAAAAGGCAGGCCAUUUGCAGUGACCCAUAUGGUGCUGUACGUGAACUUGAUCCAUUCUGCACGCAAUUAAAGAAUGGCUGACUGGGACGGAGGAGAGAGCAGAGGAGAAUGGAAGAGAAGGAGACAUCAAGCACCAGGAGAAUUGGAUGAUAACACACUGCACAGCAUAUCUGCUCAGAUUCAUGCAGGUGAAUGGAGGGGACUGGCUACAAGGCUUGGCUUCAGCCCAGCAGAAAUCUCCGACUUUACAAGUCAUUACGCCUACACCACUGAUCAGAUUUACCACAUGCUGGUCUCGUGGAGGACGAAACAUUCUGAUGAUGCCAGUCAGAGAGAAGCCCUCAGCAAGGCAUUAUGGGAGGUUGGGAACACUUAUCUUGCUGAUGAGCUCAGUGAACACAGUACAUCUGAUGAGCAAUCCCAAGAUGUUUCUGAUUUAUGUGAGAAGGAGAUGAAGACACACUACAGUAAGAGAGGUAGCUUUGUGAAAACGAACCCAUGGUUGGGUGAGCAAAAACACACCAGCGAUAUGUACGUGCACACUCAGCUGCUGUUAUUGAGUGUUCCGCAGAAAACCAAAAACUCUCUGAUAUCACUUGAGGAUAUUUUACUCAGUAACAGAUCUGACGGUGAAUUGAUCCCAUUGCACAUACAUGUUGCUGUGUUGAGUGGGUUGGCUGGCUCAGGAAAGACCACUCUUUUUGACAAGAUUGCAAGUGACUGGGCAGUUGGCUGUCCUGUAUUGAAGAAGUAUAAACUGGUCUUCCUCUUGAAAAUGUUUGCAUUGGAGCAGGGAUCAGAUCUUACUGAUGCAGUUUUUGACCAGCUCUUAGCUGAAGACACAAAGGUAGAGAAAAACGCUCUGUGGUCGUACAUCAAGACAAACCCUCACCAAGUCCUCCUUCUGUUGGAUGGCUUUGACGAAUUGAUGACCACCUCCCUUGAUAAAUCCUCAUUUGGCUCCAUACUGAAAAUCCUGAAUGGGAAGCUGUGUAGAGGUUGCACUGUACUUGUUGGUACCCGCCCAUCACACUUUGAAAGAUUGGUAACCAGGGAUCUUGUUGGAGAACAAUUUGCACAUGUCAGUGUCAUGGGCUUUAAUAAGGAGGACAUGAGGGAGUAUGUGAAGAAGUUUUACUCUGAUGACUCUGACCAGGCUGAGGGGCUCCUUGCAAGGAUCCAGUCCUCCAAUCUUCUGUCUACUUUGGCAGCUAGUCCAAUGCUGCUACUGUUGAUGUGCUUACUGUGGAAGGACCAUUCCACUCUCCCGGAAACAAUGUCACGUCUUUACUUCAAGGCACUUGAAUACAUUGGCAAAAGAAAAAAUGUGUCAAAAGAAGAAAUGUCUAGAGCGGUAAUUGCACUCGGCAAGGUUGGUUUGCUUGGUCUUCUUUCACAAGGUCAAAUAUUGUCCUUUAAAGAAAAUGACUUUGAGCCAAGUGUGCUUGACAUGGCUCUUAAAGCAGGUAUUCUGACAAGAGAGAGAGUUGCUAAGGUAUUCAGCCUUCACAACAAUGUGCAAUUCAUCCACAAGACAUUCCAGGAAUUCACUGUUGCUUUAUACUUGAAAGACAUGUUUGAAACAAACAGAGAGACAUUUCAGAAGACACUAUACGAAAUCAUGUCAAAGGGUCCAUUGGGUUUUGAGUAUCUUCUGCGCUUUUGUUGUGGUGACAAUGAGGCAUGUACACUGGAGAUAAUGAAGGCAUUUCAGGAGAGGUAUCAGGAGGAUUUAUCAUUGCACAAAAAGGUGGGUCUGUUGGUGCUUCACUGUUACUAUGAAAGUCAGUGCACAUGUUUGCCUCAAGAGUCAUUCAUAGAAUCAUUUGUAACUAAUACAAUUGCUGUUGUACUACUUUGCACUGAUGACCUUCACUCAUACGCAUAUUUCCUGAAAUGUGUUGCCAAUCAAACAAAGGACUGUGGCAAUGCGUACCUUGGGAAUGUAGAGUUGUUACAAAUUCGGUCCCCUGAAUUGAUAACAGGUACUUGUGUUGAAGACUUGGCAUAUGCCAUGAGUGCAAUGACGAAUCUUCAUGCAGCAAGGUUCAUACAGUGCGGAAUGACUGGUGAAGACUUUGCACAUGUUGCUGAGUCACUCGCUGAUUUACCCAACUUGGUUACAUUGGUUCUUAAUGAAAGUAACCUAGGCGGCACAGCAGCAAUGUGGUGCAAGCAGUUACAGGCUUUCAAGGCCCUGCAAGAUCUUGCCUUGAGUGAGUGCUCAUUGAACGGCCAAGACGUGGUAUUUAUUGCUGAGUCACUCAGUGAUGCACCCAACAUGGUCAGACUGAAUCUUUUCGGUAAUAACCUGGGUGGUACAGCAGCAUCAUGGUGCAAGUAUUUAAAACAGUGCAGAACCCUAACGAAUCUCAUUCUGGGUCACUGCUCAUUGACUGGACAGGAUAUGGUUCAUUUUGGUGAGUCACUCAGUGAUUUACCCAACUUAGAAAUGUUGAAUCUUCCUGGUAAUGACUUGGGUGGUACAGCAGCAUUGUGGUGCGAGAAGUUGAAGGAUUUCAAGGCCCUGCAAGACCUGGCCUUGUUCAACUGUUCGUUAAAUGGACAAGACGUGAUAAACAUUAUGGAGUCACUCAUUCCUUUCCCCAACGCCCUUGCAUUAGAUCUUUCUCGUCAUAACCUGGGUGACACAGCAGCAUCAUGGUGCCAGCAUGUCAAGCAAUGCAAGACCCUGCAGGAGCUGCGCUUGCGUGAGUGCUCACUGACUGGACAGGACAUGGUGCAUGUCGCUGGGUCACUCCGUGAUUUACCAAACUUGGUCGGCUUGUAUCUUACUAACAAUAACCUGGGUGGUACUGCAGCAGUGUGGUGUGAACAACUGAAGAAGUGUAAGGCACUUCGGACCCUGAAUCUUCAUUGCUGUGAGCUGUCACAGAAAGAAAAGAUACUCAUUAAGAAAUCACUGAGGGACCUCAAAAAGAAAGGACUACUCAUCUUGUAGACCUUAGUGAACUUUUACUGUUCUGCAGUCCUACAUAUGUUCGUGGUACAUAACCUGUUCAUGUUCGUGUACAUGUACACAAAAGAUAUACAUAUAUAUUUAUGACUUUACCACACACACUCAGUUGAUAUCCCCUGAUAUUGAUAAUAAGGUCCGUUUUACCUUUUGACCACUGUCUACUGUGCCUUGCUUCUCUGUCAUUCCUGCAUUUUUCACAUUUUUCUCCUGCUGUGAGCCACUUGAUAUGAAAACUGAUAUGUGACAUUUCUCACAUCCCUAAUUCCCAACACUCCCCAACCUAUAAGCACAAAAUGAGAAACCACUAGCCUUUCUAUUUGUCUGAAAGCUGUCUGUUUGGAUUGCAUGAUCACAACAGCCAAAAGUAUAACACUUUGGAAGAACUGCACGCAGAAUAUCGACCUCAUAGUGUUCCAGUCUUCCAUUAACUACAUGUAUACAGUAUUCCAUUAACUUUAUAAUGUUAUAGAAUUAACCCCACCAGAAAUGGAAUCAGUGUAUAAAUAUUGCCCUGAAUGUCUGUAAAUUUCAGAAAAAAAUACCGUUUGCAGCAUUUGUACAGCCUUUCAAGCUUUCUAGGAGACGGUAGACAAUGCUCAGUGUUACUGAACUGAACUCUGUAGUGAGUUGAGUAUAAGGAUACGGUAUCUUUUACAGGAAGAAAAGACAGAGAUAUACAUGUACUAUGUUUAAAAAAAUUAUGGUACUAUAUGUAUUUUCCUCUGUAAUCUGUGAAUAAGGGGGAACCAUAUUACUCUGUCACUACAUGCCGAAACUGAAUAGCUGUGACAGUUGUAAACAGUUGCAAUGACAUCUUGUGUGGUCCUUACGAUGGCGUGGUGAUUGGAGAUAGUAGCAUGCAUAUGUAGGUUCCAGGCUUGUCUUUUUUGUAAUUGGCCUAAAUGUAAAUUACAAGUUACUGAACUGAAAUAUGACGGGAUAAGAGAGCUCUUUUUGCAAUUGAUUUGAAAUCAGACAUACAAAGAGCUAAGAUUUAAUUUAAAUCUGCAUAGCUCUGGAUACGUUUUCUAUUGUGGUUUGCUGGUAGCUGCUGCAUUGAGCUUGAUUAGGUUGCUUCCAAAUAAGACCAACUGUAUUCCAUGCAUAUACUGCAACAAUGUGUCAUCACCAUGUGGCUGUCUUUGAGCUGGAGAGCCGAGCUACAGAUACAUACAGACAUGGAAGUCACUGGAAAGCUGCAUAAUUUAUAAUGUUUUAUAUAUAAUUUAUAAUAAUGUUUAGUGCAAAAGAACUGACGACUCUCUGUGAAAUUGGUCAGAGACGUGGACCUGUACAUUUGUGGUUUCGAAAUGGAUCUUAUACACCAAUUUUAGACAUUUUGGAACAGAGAUGCUCUGUGUUGUGCAUGAUGGUUGUAAGAAUGUAGAAGCGAGGUUUCAUCAGUUUGUUUUCACAGGUAUUGGUCUAUUUUAUGUAGUGAUCGGUGAUGCUAUAAUUCAGGGGAUAUCCUGAUGGGACAGUUGUCCCUUUGUGGGGAAGGGAUUUAUCUAUCGUGUUUUGCUUUCAAGUCUUCUGACUUCAAAAUGGAUUUGUUGUGGAAUGCCUUUACUUUGCUUGUAACACAGUCAGUGUUAACUGUAAAUAGUGAUAAUGUUUACUGCCUAGCAGUUUCAGAGGACAGUGAGGGAGAAUGUGAUACUGUUGCUGUCUCUGUUUCCAAGUGAAUAAAUGUAUAAAUGUUUUGUGGUUCACCAGUAUGCCAAUUCGAAAAGGUGUCUGUAAGAGUGGUUCAUUUUGCCAAUUUUAAACUUUUACUAGUGUCUAUUUGUUGACCUAAGGAAAAAUAAGAAGUAAAAUUAGUCCUCUACUUAGUGAUAGUGACAGAAUAAUUCCCAGAUUGAAAAGAGAAACAUAUGAUUAUGUGAAUGUCCGCCAUUCAGUACACAAUUUGUUUCUGAGAUAGUGUUUUCUGACGGGACCAUUUUAUCUGAUGCAUUUUAUCCGAUUCACUCUGUCAAAUUGAGGAUUAAGUUGCCAUAUGCAUUUGGACACUUUUGAAUAUUGCAGACAACUUGUUAUCACGCCUAAUUGUGUUUGUACGGUAUUCAUUCUUUUCUGGGAUGCCCACAAGUAAUUUGCCGUUUCCAGAUAACAUUUUUUGUAUCUGCUGAUCCGGUGAAUAGAUCAGUUGGAAAACCUGAGCUGAACAUGGCUUUUGUAUACCAAACAUGUA